UUCAAAUAUUAUCUUCUCCAGAGUCAAAGCCAAAGAACAAAAAAGUAAUUCAACGAAAGUCCUUUCCGCACACGCCGUGGGAAACUUGCCUGUGCCAGCAGAAGUCGGGGCCCCAGGGAAAAUAACAAUCAAGCAAAUUCCGCUUGCUUAUUAUCAUUAUUGUUAUCGCUAUUGAAAAGCGCUAAUUGUGCGCAAAUAGCGGGCGAACUUAUUGCCAACUUAUUAAAAAGCUCACACAUGCAAACCAAGGCAGUUGGAAAAGUGCAAGCUGGGCGAAAAACGGCAGAAGGUGCCAAAGGAUGCGAGGAAAGGUGAAAGUUUCGGCUGGAGAUGUGCGGAAUUUCGGGGUUAAUUAGAAUGGUAUUGGCGGAGUUUGGUAGUUGUGGAGUUGGCAAGGAGACGGGGUUCCCCCUCUCCCGAAUUCCAAUGUGUUGUCACUUUCCCUCGGCAACAUGUCGUACUCCGUGAUACCGUCACGUGCAUAUAAAAUGUUUCGCCGGGCGCUUUAUGAAUGAAACAUUUACUAUUGCAUACCUUCGUCUCAGUCCUUUGGCUGCGGGGCACCUUGACUACUGGCCAACCAGCCAGGACACCCUGCCACCCAGCCAGCCAUCCACCCACUUGGCCACCCAUCCUCGCAGGGCCGCAGGACACAUGCGCAACGCCAGCGCCUCGACGGGCAGCAUUUGAAUUUUGAAUAUGAAUUUUGACACUUGAUUAUCAGCUCCGCUCGCAGUUCGCGGCCAGUUGUAAGAGUGUGCGGACGUCUGUCCGCGGCAAUCGGCGGAAUUCGACGGAAAAACUUCAUCCUAAAGACCGGAAAAAAUAAAUUUGGUCUAGUGCAGCGGAAGUCCAACUUGGGCUGUUUGGCCAGUGAAAGUGGCGAUAAAAAAAGAAGGGGAACACAAUAUUUUCAAAGUUUCGCACUUUGGCCGCGGCGGUUUUUCCGUUGAAUAUGAGAAGGCGAUUUUCCGGCGUUUGGCUGCUGCUGAUGCAGUAUCUGUCUGUGAGCUGGGCUAGCUUCUCGGAGUUAAACAACUCGGAUCCCAAGUUCAGCGGACCCAUCAACAACUCAACAGUUCCCGUGGGACGGGAUGCCCUGCUCACGUGUGUGGUCCACGACCUAGUUAGCUUCAAGGUGGCCUGGUUGCGAGUGGACACGCAGACCAUCCUGAGCAUCCAGAACCAUGUCAUCACCAAGAACCAUCGCAUCGCCAUCUCGCACACGGAGCAUCGCAUCUGGCAGCUGAAAAUACGCGAUGUCCAGGAAUCGGAUCGCGGAUGGUACAUGUGCCAAAUCAACACAGAUCCCAUGAAGAGCCAAAUGGGCUACCUGGAUGUGGUGGUGCCCCCCGACAUUGUGGACUACCAGACAAGCCAGGACGUGGUCCGUUCCGCGGGAGACAACGUCACUCUCACUUGCAGUGCCACGGGCGUUCCUUUGCCAACUAUCACAUGGCGACGCGAAGAGUCAGCUCCGGUCCUUCUUUCCGAGGAUGGCGACCUGGAGGUGUACAGCGUGGAAGGACAAAAUCUCACGCUGUGGCAGGUGCAGCGCAACCACAUGGGCGCCUACCUCUGCAUCGCCUCCAACGGGGUGCCGCCCACAGUAAGCAAACGCGUCAUGUUGGUGGUCAACUUUGCUCCGACCAUCUGGACUCGUUACGAUACCAUCUACGUGGGGCUGGGCCAGAAGCUGACGCUGGAGUGCAUCACAGAGUCCCAGCCGGCGUCGGUGAAUUUCUGGCUGAGGGGCUCCGAACUGCUGCAAGGCGGUUCCUACGAGUCGGCGACAGUGGAUCACGUGCACCGGAUCGUGAUGCGCAUCACCCUGCGCCCGAUUACGAAACGAGACUUUGGCGAGUACAAAUGCAGGGCCAAGAACGCGAUGGGUCAAGCAGAUCGGAUCAUAGCAGUGCAUCAUAAAGCCAAGAAACACGGUCAGCACUCGCAUCAAACUUCCACCCGCGAAAGUCAGUUCAUUGUCAUCGAAGAAUACAUAGCGAGUGCGUCUGAUAAGGGCUGCAGUUUCCGACCCCUGUGGAUUAUAUUUCUAUGCUUCCUUAAUAAAGUUUCAGUUUUGUGAGCAAUCAAACAA